GCGACCCGGCGCGUUGCCGUGGAGACAGACGGGGCGGGAUGGAGUGGGCUGCGGGGGGCUGAUUCGAGGCGGCCUCGCCCCCGGGACUGCAGCCGGCGCGGUCGCGGGGCGGGUAACCCUGGUGAGCCGUGGGACCGAGGCCGGGACUUCGCCAAAGGCCCAGCAUAACGUGGGGCCAUCGCCAUGGAGACCGGAGCGCUGUGCCGGCGGGGACUGUGGCCCCGGGACCGUGACUGCUCUGCGGCCUCCCCCCAGAGACCCUCGGCCGAGACUCGGCGCCGCGGCCGCUUCCCCAGCGAACCCGCCAGCCCUCCUGCGGGCGAGAGUGUCCCGAGCAGCCAGAUGCAGGCCUCCCGCCUCCGCGCCUUCUGAGCCCCCGCCUUGAUGAGCGCAGCCUCGUGUGCCUUCCCGGUGCAGCUCCGGCAGCCGUCGGUCAGCGGCCUCUCGCAGAUCACCCGGAGCCUGUACCUCAGCAACGGCUCGGCCGCCAACAACAAGCUGCUGCUGGCCAGCAACCAGAUCACCUCGGUGGUCAACGUGUCGGUGGAGGUCGCCAACACCGUCUUCGAGCACAUCGAGUACAUGCACGUGCCCGUGGCUGACGCCCCCAGCUCGCCGCUCUACGGCUUCUUCGACCCCAUCGCCGACCACAUCCACGGCGUGGAGCUGAAGCAGGGCCGCACGCUGCUGCACUGCGCCGCGGGCGUGAGCCGCUCGGCCGCCCUGUGCCUCGCCUACCUCAUGAAGUACCACGCCAUGUCCCUGCUGGACGCCCACGCCUGGACCAAGGCCUGCCGGCCCAUCAUCCGGCCCAACGUGGGCUUCUGGGAGCAGCUCAUCCACUACGAGUUCCAGCUGUUCGGGAAGAACAGUGUGCGCAUGCUCAGCUCCCCGGUGGGCCCGAUCCCCGACAUCUACGAGAAGGAGGUGCGCUUCAUGAUCCCGCUGUGACCCAAGAGAGGACUGUAGCUUCUAACCCUGUAACCCCGAGGCCAGAGAUGCAACGGCGAAGGGUGGCAGGCCGCGACUGCCGGCCCCAGGGUGGCGGGAGGCAGCCGGUGCCCUGGCAGAGAGACCCAGUGCCCAGGGCGACCGGCCGGGACCGAGUCUGCCACAGUCACACCUGGUUUGUUGCCAACGCACAGCCAGAGCCUUAAGCGUCGCGGCACCGGCUGCGCCUGCCAACCUGCCGGGGAAGCGAGCUUCGGGCAUGCUCAGGAGCCUUGGCCGGGGGAGCCCCCGACCCCCACCUUCCAUCCCUGCCACCGUGGCCUCACUCUGGUUUUCUAGAUCACACGCAUAAGGUAGCUUUCAGAGAAAGCGUCCCACUGAAUAAAAUUUCAACCAAAAACGCCCAA